UGAUAGAGGUGGAGCGGCUCCCAUCGUUGAACCUCCUCCUGUGGCCUCACCUUCUGCGGCACAAAACGCGUGAACUACACCUCGGUUUUGUGUCAAGUUUCUUCUCUGACCUAUCUUUUUAUGCAGCUGUGAAACUCACCUGAGGAUCCAUUCGAGUUCUGUCGCCGCUUGUCGCAUCCAAAAUCGUCAUCGUCGCACCUCUUCCCUUCCGUUAUCCGGCCUUCGAGUCCUGGGCUGCCUGUUUGACCUGCCCCUCUCCAGGCUCUAACCUACUACUCUACAUUACAUCCACCAUCUUCGUACAGACACAACAAUCGUCGCUUCUAUCAUCUCCAUCUGCCCCUCGACGACUUUUUGCGCUUCCACACAAUUCGUCGGUUUGAUACCCAUUUCCUUCGACUUUCUCCCCAUAACCGAUCGCAACAAUGGCUCAGCCCGGCGUGCAAUCAUUGAAGUGUGUGGUGACUGGUGAUGGUGCUGUUGGAAAGACCUGUCUACUCAUCUCCUACACCACAAAUGCCUUCCCCGGCGAAUACAUCCCCACUGUCUUCGACAACUACUCGGCGAGUGUUAUGGUAGAUGGCAAGCCUAUUAGCCUUGGCCUCUGGGAUACUGCUGGUCAGGAGGAUUACGACAGACUGCGACCUCUCUCAUACCCUCAGACCGACGUCUUCCUCAUCUGCUUCUCCAUUGUCAGCCCUCCUUCAUUCGACAACGUGAAGGCAAAGUGGUAUCCUGAGAUUGAUCAUCAUGCGCCUAACAUUCCCAUUAUCCUUGUCGGAACCAAGCUUGAUCUUCGAGAAGACGCUUCCACCCUCGAGUCGCUCCGACAAAAGCGUAUGGAGCCUGUGUCGUACGAGCAGGCGUUGACUUGCGCCAAGGAGAUCAAGGCCUACAAGUACCUCGAGUGUUCUGCCCUCACUCAAAGGAACCUCAAGAGCGUUUUUGACGAGGCCAUCCGAUAUCCAUCUAAUGAACGCUAUUCCCGCGCGUGGCAAGGCACGCGCUUGAUUUUCUCAACGAAAGCGUCUGGACGACGCGAAACGACACGAAGAACUCAGGACGAAUGUUUAAUAGGCAUUCAGCGAUACAAGACGGCGGCUCUUGACGGAAUAUCCCCUGGGAGCGGCUGGGCUGGACUAGGCUAUUGCUUUUUUCUCGAGGCCCGAUACCCGUCCCCAGAUCAUGACCCUCGCAACGAUCAUGCGGAGGCAACUGCAUAUGACGAUGGCUUUUACUUGCGAGGCGGUUCUUGA